CUGAUUUCAGAGAAAGAGAAACCUAAGGGCAGUUGAGCUGUUGUGUGUUUGUGUCUCUGUAUUCAAGCAGUAAAAUGGCAGAAACCAGAAUUUCAGUGGAUCAGAAGGAGUUCACAUGUGCAGUGUGUCUGGAUCUGCUGAAGGAUCCAGUGACCAUCCAUUGUGGACACAGUUACUGUAAGAUCUGUAUUACAGACUGCUGGGAUCAGGAGGAUCAGAAGAGAGUCUACAGCUGUCCUCAGUGCAGACAGACCUUCAGUCCAAGACCUGCUUUAUCUACAAACACCAUGCUGGCUGAAGUGGUGGAGAAACUGAAGAAGACCAGACUCUCUGAUGACAGUUACGCUGGAGCUGGAGAUGUGCAGUGUGACGUCUGUACUGGAAGAAAAUACAGAGCCGUCAAGUCCUGUCUGGUGUGUCUGAACUCUUACUGUCAGAAUCACCUCGAACAACAUGAGAGUUUCUUUAGAGGAAAGAGACACAAUCUGACUGAAGCUACUGGACGACUGCAGGAGAUGAUCUGCCAGAAACAUGAGAAGAUCCUCGAGGUUUUCUGUCGCACUGAUCAGAAAUGUAUAUGUAUGAUGUGUACAGUUAUUGAACAUAAAAACCAUGACAUUGUAUCAGCCGUAGAGCAGAGGACAGAGAAACAGAAGCAGCUGAUGGAGACUCAGAAGACGCUCCAGCAGAGAAUCCAGCAGAGAGAGAAAGAUCUCCAGCAGCUGAGAGAGACUGUGGAGUCUCAUAAGCGCUCUGCACAGACAGCAGUGGAGGACAGUGAGAGGAUCUUUACUGAGCUCAUCCGCUCCAUUGAGAGAAGCCGCUCUGAGCUGAUACGACUGAUCAGAGAUCAGGAAAAGACUGCAGUGAGUCGAGCUGAAGAACGACUGGAGCGACUGGAGCAGGAGAUCAAUGAUCUGAGGAGGAGAGACGCUGAGCUGGAGCAGCUUUCACACACACAGGAUCACAUCCAGUUCCUGCAGAGUUUCCAGUCUCUCUCAGCACCUCCUGAAUCUACAGAUGUAAAUGAUGAUCUCUUCAGUUCUCUCUUCUUUUCUGAUGAUCUGAGAGAAUCUGUCCAUCAGCUGAGAGACAAACUGGAGGAUUUCUGUAAAGAGCAGCUGAAGAAGAUCUCAGACAGAGUCCCAUUCACCAACAUUGAUCUCUGGACCAGGAACGACUUCCUACAAUAUUCCCAUCAGUUCACUCCGGAUCUGAACACAGUGAAUAAACGCCUCCAUCUGUCUGAGAACAAGAGAGUGAUUACUGUCACUAAAACAGUCCAGUCGUAUCCUGAUCAUCCAGACAGAUUUGAUGCGUGGCAGCAGGUGUUGUGUAGAGAGAGUGUGUGUGGACGCUGUUACUGGGAGAUUGAGUGGAGUGGAGAUGUGUGUAUAUCAGUGUCAUAUAAGAGCAUCAGCAGGAAGGGACGGGGUAAAGAGUGUGUGUUUGGAUCUAAUGAUCAGUCCUGGAGUUUGUGCUGCUCUCCUGACAGAUACUCAUUCAAACACAAUAACAUAGAGACUGAUCUCACUGUGAAGCACAUCAGCAGCAGAAUAGGAGUGUUUGUGGAUCACGGAGCAGGAACUCUGUCCUUCUACAGCGUCUCUGACACAAUGAGACUCAUCCACACAGUCCACACCACAUUCACUCAGACGCUCUAUCCUGGAUUUUGGAUUAAUCCUGGGUUUAUUGUUGAAUCUGUGUUUGGGUUUGGUUCUGGAUCAGUGAAACUGUGUUGAUGAAUCAGAGUUGACUGACGAGAGAUUCUACCCAUAAUGCUUUGAGCUCCAUGAUGAAUCAGUAACAGUGAGAUGUUCUAGAGUCUCUUCUUCUUUUCUCUUCAUGACAUUAAUACUUCUGUCAGUGAAAUAACAGUCAGAAUAAAUGUGUAAUAAUUCCUCAUAUAGACAGUAAGAUCAGUGUGUGUGAGUUGUCACAAUCAUCACCACCGCUGUUUAAAUGCCGAGUGUGUCUCUCCUCGGGAGACCGGUCUCUUCCUCGUGAAUGAUCGCUGGGGUCCUCGUGGCUCCAGGAAGGGUGUGUAGAGGGAUUCCUGCGCACCAGUGUCAUGAGGACGAGAACCGCCCCUGUUAUACGGCUGAUGGACCAGAAUGCUGGGUGUUUAUUUCCGGGAAGUGCUGUGGGCCACGGAGGACCAAGAUGGGACCCUUCCUUCCUGAACACUACCUGUCCUUCACAAACCUCACAGCAUGAAGAAGACACCAGAUCCCCUGUUUAUAUUGAACACCCUUUCCCUGUGGACACUCUUAUUCCCUGUUUUGGUUAUUUUGGUUAUUUUCUGUUAAUAAAAGCCUCUCUAAAGCCUGACUCCA